AACACAAUUUGAGGCAAAAAUAGACCGUUUGCAGGUGUCUGUCCGAAUAUCCGGCGGCCAUAUUGGAGGGACACGCUCGAUUAACCAUUACGCAUCAUUGACAGCUAUUUACAAUUCGCCGCUUAAUUUCUCUUUACAUGUCAAAAUGGUCAAUUAUUGCCGAGUCAUCGGCUGUCAUAACAAUUCUACAAGGGAGAAGGACAGACAUUUUUAUAGAUUACCUGAGAUAAUUACUAAUCAGUGCAAGAAAACCAGUGAGUUGUCAACAGAGAGGCGGCGAUUAUGGUUAGCAAGGCUACAACAAGACUUCAGUGGAAAGAAUUUGAAGAAUAUUCGAGUGUGUUCUGACCAUUUUGUAUCUAAGCAAAAGGCAGAACUUUUUGACCGAGACAGUCCUGAUUGGGCGCCAUCAGUGAACAUGGGAUGUCAAGCUCCGAGUACGCCUGCCCCUAAAGUUGCUGCUGAGCGCUUUGAGAGACGGAAGAAACGUGCUGAGACUGCAAGAUCAUUGGUCCAAGAUCUUUCAGACAACAACACUCCAGAGUUACCACCUGAUGUAAAUUUAGAUAGUGCAAAGAAUGUUCAGACUGAUAUGCUUACUUCAGAUGUAGAGUCAUUGGAACAGGAAAAUAAACGUUUGAAACUAGAAAAUGAAAAUCUAAAAACAUCUAUCCGGAAUGCGUCUAUGUUUUCUCAGGAGACUCUUAAAGACAAUGAUGAAAGAGUGAGGUACUUUACAGGACUUUCUUGUUUUGCUAUACUGAUGUCAUUGUACAAGUAUCUAUAUCCUUAUUUAACAAGCAAACAUAGUGUAACACUUGGAAAGUUUGAGUGCCUUGUGAUGACUUUAAGUAGACUUCGCCUAAAUUUGACUGUCAAUCACCUUGCCUACCAACUGAAUGUUUCAUGUGCAACCAUUUCUCGAACUUUUGUGAAUACCAUUGACAUCAUGUAUGUAAGACUAAAACCAAUUGUGCGAUGGCCUGACAGAGCCUCAUUGAGAGCAACAAUGCCAGUACAGUUCCAAAGACAGUUUGGUAAUAAGUGUGCAGUAAUCAUUGAUUGCUUCGAGAUCUUUAUAGAGCGUCCAUCAAAUCUUAUAGCGAGGGCAGAGACAUGGUCGUCAUACAAACAUCACAACACUGUGAAGUUCCUUAUUGGAAUCACACCACAGGGAGUAGUGUCGUUUAUUUCCAAAGGUUGGGGCGGUCGUGCAAGUGACAAAUAUGUCACUGAACAUUGCAAUUUUUUAGAUUACAUUUUGCCGGGGGAUUUAGUGUUGGCAGAUAGAGGAUUUGACAUUGCGGAUAGUGUUGGUUCUGUUUGUGGGUCAUUGAAAAUUCCAGCUUUCACCAAAGGUAAAGACCAACUCUCUCCAUUGGAUGUAGAAACAACAAGAAAAAUAGCCAAUGUACGGAUACAUGUUGAGAGAGUUAUUGGGCUUGUGCGCCAAAAGUACACAUUCUUAAAUGGGACACUACCAUUGGACCUAGUGAUUACCAAAGAUGAAGAUGGCUUUACUACAAUUGACAAAAUAGCUCAUGUGUGUUGUGCGCUGGUUAACUUAUGUGAAUCAGUGGUCGACUUUGAUAAAUAGACUGUCAAUUGUAUUGUCUUAUCCAUGCUCUCUGUGUUUAGUAUAUAUAGAUUAGUAUAUAGCAUUAUAUAGUUUCAUAAUUCACUCUGUAAAUCAUAUUUUAUUGAUUAAAUUUAACUCUAAAUGAUGUUACUUCUCAAAUACUAUGAUUAAAGAGCUGUUGAUAAAGGAUUAAUAUUUGAACAAAAAGUCCUAAAAAAAAUAAUUCAACUUGUAUUAUGAAUUUAGUACACAUAGUUAAAAAAAAUAUUCUGUGAAUUGAUUUUCCAUUUAAAUACUUACUUAAGUGUGAUAAACUGUUGAAUUACUUUGUUAAAGGACUUUAUGUCAUUCGACUCCUAGACUUGGACCAAUAUGUAAGAAAUAAAGUUAAGCAAAACAGUA